UGACAGUCUCACAAAAAAACAAACGAAGCGCCCGGAGGUGCAAACCAGAACCAGAGCCAGGAAGGAGAGAGAGAGAGGGAGCUGAUGCUGUACGGACUUGCACAGUGAAGACAGAGGAGAGAGGCGGUGACUGUACAACCGUCUGCUUGCUUUGAUCAAAACAGGGUGUCAUUUUGAAAAACAUGAGCGGACGGGUCGGCGACGUGAGCCCAAAGCAGGCUGAAGCGUUAGCACAGUUUCGAGAGAACAUCCAGGACAUAUUACCCAGCUUGCCUGCCCAGCAUGACCACUUCCUGCUGCGCUGGCUUAGAGCCAGGAAUUUCAACAUCCAGAAAGCAGAAGCAAUGCUUCGCAAGCAUGUUGAGUUUCGGAAGCACAUGAAGGCAGACACAAUAACUACAGACUGGCAGCCUCCUGAGGUGAUCGAGCGCUACCUGUCCGGUGGGAUUUGUGGCUACGACAAGGACGGGAGCCCUAUCUGGUAUGAUGUCGUGGGGCCCCUGGACCCCAGGGGCCUCCUGCUCUCCGCCUCCAAACAGGACUUCCUCAAGGCCAAGGUGCGAGAUUGUGAGAGGCUGCAGAGGGAGUGCAAGCGGCAGAGUGAGCAGCUUGGACGCCAUGUGGAGUCCAUCACCAUGAUCUACGACUGCGAGGGUCUGGGGCUCAGACACCUGUGGAAGCCGGCCGUAGAGGCGUAUGGAGAGGUUCUCACCAUGUUUGAAGAGAACUACCCUGAAGGACUGAAGCGGCUGUUUGUGAUUAAAGCCCCCAAGCUCUUCCCUGUGGCUUACAACCUGAUCAAGCACUUCCUGAGCGAGGACACGCGCCGCAAGAUUAUCAUCCUGGGAGGUAACUGGCAGGAGAUUCUGCUGCAGUACAUUGAGCCGGACCAGCUGCCUGCUUGCUACGGAGGGACCCUCACUGACCCUGAUGGAGACCCUCGCUGCAAAACCAGGGUUAAGUACGGAGGGGAGGUACCUCAGUCCUACUACGUGCGGGUCUCCAUCAAGCAGCAGUACGAGCAGACUCUCUGCAUCAGCCGCGGCUCCUCCCAGCAGCUCGAGUAUGAGAUCCUGUUCCCUGGCUGUGUGCUCAGGUGGCAGUUUGCCAGCGAGGGGUUGGACAUCGGCUUCGGGGUCUUCAUCAAGACGAAGGUGGGGGAGCGGCAGAAGGCGGCCGAGAUGGUGGAGGUGGUUCCGAGCCAGCGGUACAAUGCACACCUAGUACCGGAGGACGGCUCUUUCACCUGUCAGGACCCAGGCAUCUAUGUACUGCGGUUCGACAACACUUACAGCAUCUUGCACUCGAAGAAGAUCAGCUUCUCUGUGGAGGUGCUGCAGUCAGACAACGGCUCCGUAUCCAAAUCCCAGGAGCCCAAGGGAGGGGCCGGGGAAGAGCACGCAGCCAGCAGCCAAUAGAAGGAGGAGGAGGAGGACAGGACCCAACUGCAGGCAGCCCCGCCCCGCUUCUCCCCGGAUCAGGACGCGCCACCCUCUGUACUCACUGUAUUAGACAGGGAAGCCUGGCCAAAUAGGUACUGCCCCCAAGCUGGGGUGGGGGGUCGAUAGUUUUGACAAUUGCUAAGUGCUUCUUGAGCUGAACUCGGAAACGUAUCUGUCCAGAUUGUUCUAUGUGUAACCUCGGUGUGGCUGGCACCCCUUUCUAUAAUUCUCAUUAAUGCCACAUUUUGACAUGCAGUAUAAUUCUGUUACUGUAUAGUUAGUGCACCAUCUAGUGAUAAAAACGUUUAGUGUUUCAUAUUUACACUUUUAAGGCACAGAGAUACUAUUUAACGUAUAAAUGUACCAGGACUUUGGGGUUAGUGCCUUCAAGCUUAUUUCCUCAAAAGAACAUUCCAAUAUCUGACCAACUGAACUCUUUGCUUUAUACUUACUAUAAUUAUCCCACUGACAGGGACCCAUUCUGUACAUGGAUUGUAUUUACAUGGUAGCUCAUAUGGUGGCACUUGGUACGGGCAUUCCUGUGCACAUGUUCUUGGGGAUGUUGCAGGCACUGUGUCCCUGUUCUUCAUGAGUUCUUAUCUCUUGAUGAAGAAUGUGAGGUCUGUUCAUUGGAUCUAAUCAUUGGCAGCUCAGUCCUUUUUAAAUCACUGAAUAGGACCCUUCCCUCUGGCAUUGCCAUUGUACAGAUUACAUGCACUGCUAGAGGUCUGAUUUGUAAACCCUGCUACACCAGUUGUAAUAAUCUGAGCAGCUGUACUUAGAUACACCAGUGUCUAUCUCAAUUGAAUAGACCUGUAUUACAUGCCCCGAUGUAUUAAUUAGGUCACAGUACCUGCUUUUUCAGGACACUGGCACUUGAAUGGUUGAACAAUUGAAUAUUAAAUAUGGGACUGUUUUUAUCCAGCUUUGAUGAUUAUAGUCAUGGUUACCUAUACUAAUGCGUUCUCAAUGAGAGGAGGUGAUUAGACCCAUCAGUACUGCGUUCGUAGUUCCUGAUUUAUCCCAGUCUAGUCGGUUCUUAAAGAUUCCUAAUGAUUCAGAAGCAACGACGUGACUUAAACCCAUUCCAUACUCUCAGCACUCUCUGUAACGUAUACCUUGGACUGGACUCCAGUUAUGAGCUGCGUGUAAAAAACAGUAUGCAGCUGUCUCUCCGGUACACGCUUCACUGUAGUACACCCCCCUCUAGUGGCGUACUGAGGCAUAAUAUAUACUACAGCUAGAGCAGUCCUCAUAAUACGCACUGUAUUGCUGUGUUUUCUGUCUGCUGUAUUAUAUUAGAGAGCAGUUUGUAGACGGUCCUGUGCUCACCGUUCUGUACAUAGAGGGUUCAGGACCUGGCAAGAUGUUGGGUGAAUUACAGGUAUACAGUUUUGGAAAUACGAAAGCAUAUUUUAACACGUGUUAAAAAAUCACUAAACUCAGUAAAUUUCAAAUAAAAAAUCAUAUCACAUUUAUACUUAAAAAUGGUGAAAGUAAUUGAAUAUAUUCACAAUACAAAAUACCUGGUUUUGAAAAUAACCCCUUUAGUAACUGUGUUCAAAGUAUUUCUCUUGUUUAGAAAUAGGUACGUUUCAGGUAACUUUCCGCUGCUAUACGCUGUACCUAUAAAGUCCAGAGAAUACGCUGAAAAUAAAACUGAUUGUACUGCGUUAACCCUUUAUAUCCUGGAUACACCUGCAUUCUGGAUACAUCUGCUGAGAACUGUGGCAAAAGAUACAGAGAUAGUGGCCCAGACUGCUAACUAAUGGAGCAUCUUAAACUAUAGGGUGUCAGUACUGGAUCCACUGGAACACCAGCAGUGUUACCGGUGAACACAGGAUUAAAGGGUUCAACCAACACAAUGAGUGUAGCCUAAUGCAGUUUGCACAGGGUGUACAGGACCUACCUGUAUAGAGCUCCAGUACUUGGUGGAGUGGAGUGUAUAUGAUACUUGAUUGGAGAAACCUUGAUCUUUUCCCCAUGUGUGGCCAUCGUCUGAUGGCAUGGGUUGAAGCUUAUUGACUGGCCUGUUGCUAGAACUAUUUAUUUGUUGGCCAGUGAAUUCUUGUACAUUUAUCUUGCAAUGUAAAGCUUGUGUAAUAACAUGUGUUCUUAGCUCUCAGUGCCGUAUGGGUUUGCUGUUGAUUUUCAUUGUUUUCUAGACUUUAGUAAACAUCUUCUUUGUAACUGAGUAUGACCUGAAAGUUAGGUCACAGCGGGCCUAUUUGUUCCGGACACUGGCACCUCAGUGGUUGAACAUUGUUAAAUACUGGGAACUUCUUCUUCAGGUUUGAUGAAACUACAUUAUACUGAUGCAUUUUUAACCAGAGAAACCGAUUAGAUCCAUCAGUGCUCGGUUACUUGCAGUAGAUUUAUCCCAGUCGGUUUUUAAACCAAUGAUUCGGCAGCAACAACGUGCCUUAAACCCAUACACUCGCCACUCUCUGUAAUGUAUACCCUGGGCUGGGAUGACCAUGUCACUCUACUUGAUAUUAAGGUACCUUUUUAAGAUGAGAAAAAUAAAAUAACAAAAAUCAACAGCAAAACAAUCCUACUUGUUCCGAUGAUUAGAAAAUGUUUUUCAAAGGUUAUUGCACCUUUCAGAAGAGUGGUGAAGUGAAAUCUUAUUCAGUGGCUUUUAAUUCAUGGUUUGUUUACUGCAGGGAUAAUUGUAGUGUUUGUCUUUUAAAAGCACAUUCCAAAAAGUUACCCUAAUAAUUGAUUAUCCCCAUGAUGGGGAUAUAACGUAGUCUGGAGAUGCAUGUAUUGUAUGUAUGUAUUCCCAGUAAAGUAUAUCCCAUUUUUUAGCUCUAUCUUGAGAACUGCUCAUCCAACAGGGAUGAAACUUGGUAUGGCCAUUCCUUAUACGUUUCGCAUUAGAGUUUUGUCUUGGGGUUAGUUUAAUUAUACCUGUGCGUUUGUUCUAAUAGGCUGCAUGCUGUGCUCAAGGGGAGUUGCUUUUUCAUGGUACUGAACCCUUAUGGUAUUAAUAUAACAGUCAGGUAUAGAUUACUGCAGUACAUAGCUGUGCCUUGUUGUUCAUUUUUCAUUUGUUUUAUAUCAUGUUGUGCAGUAUUCGCCAAGACUGUGUUAAAUGUAUAUGGAGUGAGUGCAGGUUGAAAUUCAAAUAGGGUCAGGUUUGAGCUUUGAAA